CUCACAAUUUAAGCCCACAUCUAAAAUGAUUCGGAAAACGUGAUUCUCUAAUAUCAAAACUCGUUCUUUCUAUCUUCGGUUUGAUCAAUUGAUGGAAAAGGGCAAGCAUGUCCAAGCAGAGCACCGCAUGCACUCAUAUUUGAAAUCGAAGCCCCAAAUUUGAACAGUGAGUGAAUUCAUCACCGUUUGUUCGAAAUUUGAGACAAUGUUUGACCAGUUUGCAUGCCAUUAUCCUCUACUGUGCACUUCAGUUUCGAUUUUAGAAUUUUUUUCUUUGCUGAAGGGAUUAAAUUUUGGUUCAACCCUUUUAACCAAAUGCUUUAUGACUAGUUGCUUGUUUGGUGAUUAGGAACUGGGUUUCUUGCAAAUCGUCUUUGUGCUCAUUAAUAAAAUUUCUUGUUCAUUCCUGAUGAAACGCAAAACGCAGUUUAGACCGGUGGUGAGCAUGGGGUUACUUUUUUUUUUUUUUAUCAUUAUCAUUAUUAUUUAUCAGUGAAUGAGCUUAUGUCUGUAAGUCUUUUUCGGCAAUUCUGAAGAUGUGGUUAGCUUAUGCUUGGCAGGAUGUAAAUAGCCUGACAAAAAUUGAGAGGAUGAGUCCUAAUAGACAUAGUGUUUAUGCCGUACUUAACUGUGAUGACAUCCUCCAUGAGAUCCUACUUCGGCUACCACCAUCAACUAUCUUCAAAUUAAUUAUUGUAUCAAAAAGAUGGCUGCGUGUGAUAUGCAGUUCUUCAUUUCGUUGUUGCUACUUGAGUCGAUGGGGACAAAAUUUUCGACUUUUGGGUUUCUUUGUGUGCAACUUUUUAUAUCUUGGAAGACCUCGAGAUGGCUAUCGUCGCCCUCGUUGGGAGCCUGCUCUCCCAUUCUUGUCCACUUGUAAAGAGGGUGAUGAUUUGAAGCUUUCUGGAAUCCUCAAACAACUUGGAUACUUCAUUGAUUGUUCCAAUGGCAUUAUUCUUUCUGGUCACCAUCCGAAGACAUAUUAUGUGUACAAUGCUGUGACCAAGCAACGGUAUCAACUCCCACAACCUCAGCAAUUCUAUAAGACUUUGUGCAUGGCGUUGACUGUUGAGGAAUAUCUUGAUGGUGACCCAUGUUACAAGGUGAUCCGUGCAAGAUGUGAAUGCAAGCUUAAGGAACGCAACACUGUCUCAAUUGAGACUUUCUCAUCAAAAACUGGAACAUGGAAGCAAUCCACUCUGAUGUGCUCUACGUCUUUUGCAUUGCGCCCAAGGACAGCAGCUACGGUGGUUGAUGGGGUUGUACACUGGUUUGCAAUGUGGGGAAAACUUGCAAUUUAUGAUCCUCGUCUCGGAGACAGGUGCAUAGCUUUAAUUAAACUACCAGCAGGUGUUUUAUCACAUGAGCACGAGGAAUCUGUUCUUGGGGAGUCGUCUGAUGGGCUUUUGCAGUAUGGUCAGAGCAAUAACUUGGGUCUGGAGAUAUGGAUACUUGAGAAGGAAGCUGGAGCCAACCCCUCCAUUUACUGCAACUGUACUCAUCUGAAGUACAAAUGGAUUCUAAGGUGGAGAUUAAAUUUUAGAAUGUUAUGGAAGCAGAUACCAUCUUUAAGCACUCAUUCUAAAGAAACCCAAAUAUUGUCAUUUCUUCCUCAGAAUUCUAAAUCUGUCUUCAUUAGGUCAGGGUGGAACAUUUUUCUGUGUGAUCUGGGGACCGAAAUGGUGGAAAUUGUUAAUUAUCAGGGUCGAGGAGCCUCCAUUUCAUGGGAAUCUAGCAAAGUAGUUCCUUACUUUCUACCUGCAUGGCCACACUCUUCCUCUGUGUCAUGACAACAUGACAUGAUUUCUGAUAAAAGGAAAAACCUGUCGUUUUUUAGGCUAGAUGCAACUGAAAAUUUCGAUUUUGUUAGUGAUGUGGAUAUAAUGAAAUUCAAGGUUUUACCUUCUUUGUUCUGUUUGGAAGUCUAGUUUUAGUGUAGGACCUUCAUUUCUCUUGUAGAUUCAAUGGUGUAUAUGCUGAGAGGUUGCCGUUUAAUCC